UCCGCCUCCCGCCCUGCCGUCCAUGUCACGCCUCGGCUCCUUCCUUUCGCUUCCGCCUCCUCCCUUGCCCCUUGUCCUCUUCCCACCUCCUCCGGAAUCUGGCAGCGCACCUACUUGUCGCCCGCCCCCUCGCUCGCUUUCUUUAUCCUGCGGGCGGGGGCGCGUGCGGCGGUGUUCUUUGUUCUUGGAUCAACGAAAAAGGAGAGGAAAAAAAACGAGCUUUCUAUCUGCGACCGGCGGUUAGCCUGUCGCUUGCUGGCUCACUCAAGCGGUUCAUCCGCGUCUUCUUGGUGUGUGGCCAAGCGCGAUUGCGGAACUCGAGCCUCUCGUUUGGGAGUUCCGGAUCACUUCGAGUCGCAGGGGUUCGGGGGAAAGGAUGGUCGCCAGUUAUCCUGGCUGGUUUUGAUAGAAUCGUCUGAAUUGUUGAGAACAUACCGGGUUUGUAGAUUUUCUUGGCAGUUUCAUCCUUAGACUAGGAUAGAGGAAUCUGACCAUCACAUAAGGUCAAGAUCAUGAGUUGGUUAAACAAAAUUUUCAAGGGUUCAGUAAAUAGAGUUUCAAGGGGUCACUAUGACGGAGACUGGCAUGAAGGCCAGUCAUCUGAUUACAACAGAGAUACUUAUGGUGACAGUGAUAAUGAAGAUAUAGAUCGUGCUAUUGCAUUAUCACUAGCAGAGGAAGAUCAACAUAAGGGAACAGCGGCUAUUGAUACUCACUAUAAUUUGGAGGAAGACGAACAACUUGCACGAGCACUGCAAGAGAGCCUGAAUGCCGAAUCUCCUCCUCGACAAAAUGUUCCUGAUGAGAACGUACCUCCUCGACGGAAUGUUCCUAUUGAGGAUGUGCCUCCUCGACAGUAUGUUCCAGCAAAGGAGCCACCUCCACAUGUUUACCCAGCAAGUGGAUUCAGGACUUGUGCUGGAUGCCAUAACCCAAUUGGCCAUGGCCGUUUCCUUAGUUGUAUGGGUUCAGUUUGGCAUCCCGAGUGCUUCAGAUGUUUUGCUUGCAACAAGCCCAUAUCCGAGUAUGAGUUUGCUAUGCACGACGAUCAGCCAUACCACAGAUCCUGCUACAAAGAGUUUUUUCAUCCAAAAUGCGAUGUUUGUGACAAUUUUAUUCCAACGAAUAGAGAUGGCCUCAUCGAAUACCGAGCACAUCCUUUCUGGAUGCAGAAGUACUGUCCUUCCCAUGAAGAUGAUGGCACUCCUAGGUGCUGCAGUUGUGAACGAAUGGAGCCUAGAGAGAUCAAGUACAUAACAUUAGAUGAUGGGAGGAAACUCUGCUUGGAAUGCCUCAAUUCUUCAAUAAUGGAUACUCCAGAAUGUCAACACCUUUACAUGGACAUUCAGGAAUUUUUUGAAGGUUUGAACAUGAAAGUAGAACAGCAAAUUCCAUUACUUUUGGUUGAGAGACAGGCUCUGAAUGAAGCAUUGGAAGCUGAGAAAAAUGGGCACCACCUGCCCGAAACCAGAGGUCUAUGUCUUUCUGAAGAGCAAAUUGUCAGAACGAUCUUAAAAAGGCCACAGAUUGGGCCAGGAAACAGAAUCCUAGAUAUGAUUACAGGACCAUACAAGCUGUCUCGGCGGUGUGAAGUGACUGCGAUCCUUAUAUUAUAUGGUCUACCAAGAUUACAAACUGGCUCCAUUCUUGCCCACGAGAUGAUGCAUGCAUAUCUUCGUCUCAAAGGAUUCCGAAAUCUUAGUAUUGAGGUUGAAGAGGGCAUCUGCCAAGUUCUGUCCCACCUGUGGCUAGAGUCAGAAAUCAUCGCCGGUUCCAGUAGCAAUGUCGCAUCCAGCUCAGCGGCAUCGUCAUCUUCAUCUUCAGCACCUACCUCUUCCAAAAAGGGCGCGAAGACCGAAUUCGAGAAGAAGCUGGGGGCAUUCAUCAAGAACCAGAUCGAAACGGAUUCGUCCGAGGCAUAUGGAGGUGGGUUCAGAGCUGGCUAUCCGGCUGUCGAGCGCUAUGGUUUGAGAAGGACCCUGGAUCACAUUAAGCUGACAGGGUCUUUCCCCUAUUGAAGUAACUGUAACUGAAGCAAAGAAGGCGACAUUCAACCUGCGGGGGUGCUGCAUAUUCUGGAACAUUUUGGUUUAAAACUGACAUACACAUACACACCACAGGAGAGAAAUAUGCUGUAAAUCAAGAGGAAAAAGAACGAUUUACUGGGGUAAUAUAAAAUGCAGAUGUUUUUUUUUUCCUGGAAGACAAUACAUGAGAGACUUCAGACAGAGAGGUUCUGCAGUCAUUUCUAAUUCUUAGUGGUCCCAAUGUUAUCAAAUAUCACAUUUUCAGAUCCAGGACAUAGUGCAAUUACCUAGUUAUUAAACAGUUCGUGUAAA